UGAAGGUCAUUGUAAUAUAAUAUGGAGAUUCUGUAGUAUCAGUAAUGAAUGUAGUACUACAUUAAUCAGUGCUUCAGGUGAUAAAACUGUUAGGUUCUGGGAUUUAAUUACAAGAAAAUGUGUACAUGUCCUUAGGUAUUUUCAAGGCAGUCUUGAUCCAAACUCUCAAAUACUGGCAUGUGAUUUUAUACAAGGCAAAGAAGACUAUAGCAAACUCUCCAUUGGUACUUAUGAUGGGUGCAUUUACAUUGGCAAUUUAGUCGAAUAAUGGCUGAACAAUUAUUAUGUUUGUUUGAUCAAUGUUUUUCUUUUGAUGUCAUCUGUGAAGUUUCCUUUGAGAUGGGGGAUAUUAUAGUAUCAUUACAUUUCCCACACAAGCUAGUCUGCAUGUGUAUUGUGUUCUUUCCCCUACAUCAUGACCUCCCUUUCAUGUACCAUGAAUAUCACUUAGUUGUGUCUUGAGUGGAAAUUGGAUCCUAAUGAAUUUUCUUUGUAUUUCUUGUGAACUCUCCCUAAUCCCUACACAGACAAAGAUUUCAUUGCAUUUGUCCAAAAUGGGCAUAGGACCAUCAAGUGUCAAUUUUUCUAAAGUAGAUGAAUUGAAAAAAAAGAUUGAUGAUAUACAUGAUGGUGCUCUGAAAAAAAUUGAUGAAUGCCACGAGAAACAUGUUGGAGAGGAGGCCCAUGUGUUAAUGCUGAGAGUCUGAAUUUAUUUUUCCAUCAAAUUGAGAACAAGAUGCUACUAGUAGCGGUUGUGGGGGAAGGCAGUUCUGGUAAAAGUACUCUUAUUAAUGCCUUUUUAAGAGACAAAAUCUUACCAUCAGGAAUUGGAAAAGUUACUGGUUUUAGGAUAUUUAUUGGGCAUGAUAAAGAUGUUCAUGAAGAUCCUUGUUCCACUGGGUACUGUAAGAAUUGUCCAUAUUUGAUCAGAGGUUUUGGAAAACAUGAUAAAUUGUCACGCGCACAGUGCUAUGGAGUAAAGAAAAUUGAAUCAAAAAUAAGAAAAGAGAACCAACUAGAUGAUAAGGACCAAAAAGACCCUCUUGUUAUUUAUACUUACAUUCCGUUAUUUGAUUCAUUGAGCUCUUCAGCCCAUUUUACACCUUACCUUGUGGACUCUCCUGGAGUUGAAGUUAUCAAUGAUGAUGUUAAGUCAUACUACAGCAUAUUGUCUGCUAUGGUUUAUGUUGAGAGUUACCAAAGACUGCUACAAAAUGAAGAAAACAUUAAGAAAGAGUUAGGUUUCAAGCCAAAAGAUGCAUCAUUAUAUUUUGCUGUGAGUCAGUUUGACAAAUACUACACAUCUUAUGCUGAUGAGGAAAAUCCUGAUGAAGAAGAGACUAAAGAUAAAGUUAAAUGUAAUUUGAAGCUGGUUAAACGUGAAGAAGUGUUUCCUGUUUCUGGUGAGUGGGCUCUACGUGCACACCUUGCAAGGAGGUAUAAGGAAAAAGAUGAGAUUUCACGAGGUGCUGUUGAAGAGGCUUAUAAUAAGAUACCAAACCAGAGAGUUGUUGGUAUGUUAAGUAAUAAAACUGCAUUAGUUUUGAAAUCUUCAGCCUUUGAAAAUUUAGAAAAAAAUUAAAAUACUCAAUUAAAGCAACAAACUUUGAGGUGUGGAAUAAAAUGAUGUAUAAACAAUGUAUCAAAUUUUUG